AGGAUUGCAUGUCCCGGGGCCGGACCUGUCAUCUGCCUCUCUCUGCCAGGCCGGCGUCCAGCUCGCGAGUGUAGGUGAACCAAAUACCAGCCAUGGGUAAGGAGAAGACUCACAUCAACAUCGUGGUGGUGGGCCACGUAGACUCUGGCAAGUCCACCACUACCGGUCAUCUCAUCUACAAAUGCGGUGGUAUCGACAAGCGAACCAUCGAGAAGUUCGAGAAGGAGUCCUCUGAGAUGGGCAAGGGCUCCUUCAAGUACGCCUGGGUGCUGGACAAGCUGAAGGCUGAGCGUGAGCGUGGUAUCACCAUCGACAUCGCCCUGUGGAAGUUCGAGACCAACAGGUUCUACGUGACCAUCAUCGAUGCCCCAGGCCAUCGUGAUUUCAUCAAGAACAUGAUCACCGGAACCUCCCAGGCUGACUGCGCUGUGCUGAUCGUUGCUGCCGGUACUGGCGAGUUCGAAGCUGGUAUCUCUAAGAACGGGCAGACCCGUGAGCACGUGUUGCUGUGCUUCACCCUGGGUGUGAAGCAGCUGAUCGUGGCUGUUAACAAGAUGGACAGCACCGAGCCCAAGUACUCAGAGGAGCGCUUCAAGGAAAUCCACAAGGAAGUGAGCGCCUACGUGAAGAAGGUCGGCUACAACCCAGCCGUGGUCCCCAUCAUCCCCAUCUCUGGCUUCAACGGCGACAACAUGCUCGAGAAAUCCGACAACAUGCCCUGGUGGAAGAAGCAGAAGAUCUCUCGCAAGAGCGACAGCUAUGAAUUCGAGACCCUGUUCGAUGCUCUGGACAACAUCGAGCCCCCCACCAGACCCCUGGACAAGGCCCUCCGUCUUCCUCUCCAGGACGUAUACAAGAUUGGUGGCAUUGGAACAGUGCCCGUGGGCCGUGUGGAGACUGGUAUCCUGAAGCCAGGUAUGGUUGUCAACUUUGCCCCCACUGGCCCCACCACUGAGGUCAAGUCUGUGGAGAUGCACCACGAAGCUCUUACCGAGGCUGUCCCUGGUGACAACGUUGGCUUCAACGUGAAGAACGUGUCUGUAAAGGAUCUGAAGCGUGGAUUCGUCGCUUCCGACUCCAAGAAUGACCCAGCCAAGGAAGCUGCUGACUUCACCGCCCAGGUGAUCGUCCUUAACCACCCUGGCCAGAUCCAGGCUGGCUACUCACCUGUGCUUGAUUGCCACACUGCUCACAUCGCCUGCAAGUUCGCUGAACUGCUGACCAAGAUCGACAGGCGUACUGGUAAGGAACUGGAAGCCGGACCCAAGCACGUGAAAUCUGGCGACUCCUGCAUCGUAAAGAUGGUUCCCAGCAAGCCCAUGUGUGUGGAGACCUUCCAACAGUAUGCUCCUCUUGGACGUUUUGCUGUGCGUGACAUGAAGCAGACGGUAGCUGUGGGUGUAAUCAAGGAGGUCAACAAGAAGGAACAAAGCGGUAAGACUACGAAGGCUGCUGAGAAGGCCCUCAAGAAGAAGUAACUAGAUGUGGACAGGCUCCUGUGCCUGUCGUGGGAGGCAGGCAUCAUGAGCGCUGUGCUUGGUUCACCAAACACUCGGAUAUGCCACAGGAAAGUCGUCAGAAGGAAAGAUGUCCAAUAUAAUAGGACUAUUAUUAUCAUUAUAUCUUUUGUCUUUAAUGUUCCAUGCGGCAUAUAUAUCACCAUAUAUUGUGGAUAACACUCACCAGCUUUGAUUAAACUUACGAUGCUCACUGAUCUUUUUUUUUCUUCAUUCAUCCUGUAAAACUUCAAAUAAAUGUCUUAGAGAGUAUUACGUACAUAUAUGGAACCUUACUGAUCUCAUGUGCAAGUUGUCUCACUAUGUAUAAUAAAAGCUGUACAUCGUAGACAGUAAUGAAGUAGAGGAAACCCCUUAGCUUAAUCUUUUCACUGUCAAUAACUGUAACUAAUAUGUAGGUAAAACAAUAUUAUGUUAAUGAAAUAAAUAAGACCACUCUGUCAACAUGCUUUAUCAGACUAACGUGUGAGCUGCAUGCAACCUAGACAGGACAGUUAGCCCAAUGAAAGUUGUAUUGUCACCCGCUUCUUAAGGCAUUUCCCAACACAUGUAAAACUAAAUUUUAACAAAUACCUGCUGACUAACCAUAGAUCUCCUCGCGCAAAGUAACGAUUCAUGUGUGUUACAAACUCGUAGAUCCAUGGUUACCAGCUAGAGGCUUUCGACAACUUUUAUUUCGGUGUCUUCUGUACUGAGGCAGCCUAUAUAGCGUAGGUUAAAAUUAUACGGCUUAUGUCAUCUUAUGUUUAUAAAUGAAUGUUGUUCGUAUUAUUGUUACUGUACGUAUUUGAACAACAAAUGGUUUCCAUGUUCUGAUAUUUAUAAUUUAGAAGCAAUACAACAGUGACAUCGGAA